CGCGCUCCUCAGCACAUGCCCCAUGCAUGGCUGGAGAAUCGUCUUUCGCGUCUUGCACCGGGAGGCCGACCGAUAUGGGACGUCGUUGCCGAAGUAUUGAAGGAGGAGGCCGACUGCGAGCUGGUUUGCCGAAGGCGUAAUGAGGAUGAGGUUGAACUGGCACUGGAGAGGAAGCGGGAUGGUAUCGAUAUCAUCUUGGAGCAAGACACUUCAUGGAUCAUCUCAUCGCCGUCUUCAUUCGCACCGCGCGGCGCAGAACAGCGGGACAGUGCACUCUGUCACCUCGCCCGCACCCUCGCUCUACCGACUUUCUGCGACCUCGACAGAUCUCCUGGAAGCGCAUCAAGGUUGAUCAAGGAUGCUCAGCGAACAUCAGCAGAGUACAUCGCCUCUCGUACCGAUGAGGUUGGGUUGGGACGCACAAGGGCUCGAAAGUCCACCGCCAUCGAGGUCACACGUACCUACGUGGAGAGAAACCUACUAGUACUUGUCGUUUUGGGAGCUUUGUGCAGUUUCACUCUCGCUCUUACGAUAACGCCAGAAUGCAUCUAGUACGCGGAAUACAGGACCGAUCUUCUUCUCCCUUCGCACUCGCACCGUCACAUAUUUGGAUACCUGCAUCCCUAUACCUUAUCCGCUUCUCUUGCAUCAUCAGCAUCUCUCACCACUACGGAUGGAUACAUGUGACAUUUCAUUUUUGGAUUUCCUUUUCUCUCUGCCUCUAUUUUCGAACAAUCUUCAAGACCCCUCUGCG